CCGACAACUCACCCGCACACCCCAGCCCCCCACAAGCCGACCUCGUUCCCUGCUUCCGUCCAGACUCGGCACGCCACAUCUCACUCUCUCCCUCCCGAAUCCUCGCAUGAGCCUGGAGCAAGACUUCGGAGUGACGUUCGACCCGUUCCAGGAGGCCCAAAACGAGCUCGUCGGUGGUGACGUCGGUUCGUAUGUCCACAUCCGCAUCCAGCAGCGCAACGGCCGCAAGUCGCUGACCACUGUCCAGGGGCUCACCCCCAAGCUCAACUUUAAGCGCGUGCUUAAGGCGCUCAAGAAGUCGCUGGCCUGCAACGGCAACAUCGUCGAGGACGAGGAGAACGGUACCGUCAUCCAGCUGCAGGGCGACCAGCGUGCUCACGUCCAGGAGUUCCUUGUCAACGAGCAGAUCGUCGACGCCCAGAACAUCAAGGUGCACGGUUUCUAAGCUGGAGAUCCUGACGCUCCCGUGCUCCCUCACGCGUGCGCUCUCCGUCUCCCUCUCUCUCUCUCUCUUUCUUGAUCCUCUCUGACCAACAUCUCGUCGACCCGUGCUCGCCAGCCCCUGCGCCCCGAGCACUCUGCCGCCGACUCGUGGCUGUUGUGUGCGCACUGCAGCGUACCCAUCUACCCGCUAGCUACUCUAUACCCUGCCGCACAUGAAGCCCAGAGAAAACACACCAUCAUCUUCC